AUGGUGGCGGACAUCCGGAUCGCUGCUCUGAACGCAGCCUCACAGGCUGCUGACGAUCACGAUGACCCCUUUAAAAGCACCAAGAGUCAGACGAAGGAGGCACAGGAAGCUGAAGCCUUUGCUCUGUACCACAAAGCUUUAGAUCUGCAGAAACACGACAAGUUCGAAGAGUCUGCGAAAGCCUACCAUGAACUGCUCAAAACUCCGCUGCUGAAAGAGGCGAAGCCCUCAGAAGAUGAGAAGGUUGGACUGAAGCACCCAGGGCUGAUGCUGAAAUACUCCACGUACAAAAAUCUGGCUAGCCUGGCUGUGUUGAGAGAUGAUCUAAGCGCUGCCAUGGACUUCUAUGUGGAGGCUGUCAUGCUGGACUCUACGGAUGUGAACAUCUGGUAUAAGAUGGGGCAGGUGGCUUUGCGAAAGGUCAGUAUUCCGUUGGCCCGGCACGCGUUUGAGGUCGGACUACGCUGCAACCCGGACCACUGGCCCUGCUUGGACAGCCUUAUCACCGUCCUGUACACACUCAGCGACUACAGCUGCUGUUUGUAUUACAUCUGUAAAGCUCUGGAGAAGGACAGCGGUUACACCAAAGGACGAGUUCUGAGGGAGAAGAUCUUCGAGGAGCAGCCGUGUCUCAGAAGAGACUCCAUGAAGAUGUUCUCCAAACUUGACAUGACCAUGAAUUACGGCGACGUGGAGGAUGGCGAGGCCCACAGUAUCGUGGAAGAAGCUCUGGAACUGAGGAGGCAGCGACAGGCCUGCCUGGCCGUGCAUCCCAGACCAGACCUCCAACUGGUCCAACCCAUCAAAUACUUCACUUGGAAAUCCGUUGGCGAGAGUUUUUUGGCGAUGUACCGACACCAGAACGCCUGUAUGGUCCCUCGGCCGGACCUGGGCCGCAGAAUCGACCUGUCCAUGUACCGAGACCCCAACUGCUGCCUGGAGAGUCCGGCUACAGACCUCCCUCAGCCUUCCGUGCCCAUCAGCGCACCCCAGACAGCCCCCGGCAGCAGCAGCCCCAGUUCCAGUUUACCUGGACCAGUAUGUGAGCUUCCAGUACAAUCUGUGGCCCAGCCCAGUACUCCCACUCAAGCUCCACACAGCCUGAGUACAGUGGAGAUCACGACCACCAUUACAACCACUGCCUCUGCUCCUGCCCCCUUUACUGAUAAUGCUCUGGACCCGGCUUUGACCGACAAGACUAAAAAAGCCCCCAAGAGAAAGCGCGUGGUCGAGGACAGCGGAGAGACGGCCAAACGCCGCUCGGCCAGAGUGAGAAACACCAAGUGUAAGAAGGAGGAGAAGAUUGACUUCCAGGAGCUGCUGCUGAAAUUUAUCCCACCCAGACUGAGGAAGUUUGAGCUGGAGGACGAUGAGGAGAGUCUGAGUAACCUGGAUGCUCAGUGUGACAUUAAACUCGACUCCCAGCUUCAGCCGGGCUCUGGAAACACCGCCUCAGACUACAUCAUCUCCAUGGAAUCAGAGCGGCAGGACGUUCACACCUUCCUCCUGAACAACAUGGAGAACGGAGGGAUCCUGGAUCUGAUGAUGCGUUACCUCAAGGCGGUUGGCCAGAGGUUUCUGGAGGAGUGGCCAGCGGGGCUGAGCGGCGUGGUAUUGGAUAUUUACCACAGCUGGAGGAAACACAGUAUCGGAUUACCCAACCCUCUGCUCCAAGACUGUAGCCACCAGCACAUAAGGGAGAUGAUGAUGAUGAGUUUGUCCUGUAUGGAGCUACAGCUGGAGAAAUGGGCUCUCACCAAAGGCAAGACAGUCUCCCAUCGGAAGUGCGCGUUCGGCCCGGGCGGAGAGCAGGACGGGGGAGAUUUCCCGGGCCAACGCUUCCAGGCCGACCUGUUCCAGCUGGCGCUGGCCUCCUCUCAGAGGGAGGUGUUUGGGGACGGCUGGCUGGCCUUCGCUGCCAGGGUGUACUGGCUCAAAGCCCGGCUGCUCGCCCUGCAGGGGACCAUGGAGGAGGCGUUGGAGAGUUAUGACAUGUGUACGUGCCUGUUGCGACGCACAGAGGGGGAGAGACUGACUGUUUACCUACCCAACCUGCGCAUGGAUGCAAUUAUAUCUGUGGAGGAGAUUGAUAAGAAGUUGAAGUCUCUGGAGAGAUGUCAGUCUCUGGAAGAGAUCCAGCGACUGUUUGAAAACAGGGAUUACGAAUCCGUGGUGAGGUUAAUCCAGCCUACCCUAAAUUACGGGCCGGGCUCAGGCCGACUCAAACCGCUGGAGUUUAUCAGCUCCGCCCCAGAGAGACCCGCACAACUGCUCCUCCUACAGAACUCCCUGCUGCGUCAGAAGGACUACCGGGCGUGUCUGGAGUGUUCAGAGGUGGCGCUGAACGAGGCAGUGCAGCAGCUGAACGCCGUUUUACCCAGCAGCCCCUCUGUCAAGGAGGAGUGGGUGUCGACCAUCACGGCCAUGCUGGGCGGGAUCGAGCGCUGCCUGACCGAGGAGCCGCAGAUCCUCACCAACGCGCCCUGUGCCACAAACAUGCCACGCCUCACAAACAACCUCAUACAGCUGAUAGACUGCAGCAUGGUGUUACCUGAAGAUCCUAAGGAUCCUCAUUUCUGCUCGGUGUUGCCCUGGAUCCUCUUAUACCACCUCAUCAAACGCGAGGAAGACGCCUGCCAGUGCCCACCGCGCCCACAUGUCUCCGAGGAAGAUGAGGAUGAGGAGGACAGUUCGAUGCUGCCGUCUUCUCUGAUGUUGCUGAACACGGGUCAUGAGUAUUUAGGCCGCCGCUCUUGGUGCUGCAACUCUGACGGGGCGCUGCUCAAAUUCUAUGUGCGUGUGCUGCAGCAGACCAUGGGUGCGGAGUCAGGGUUCGAUUCCCUGCCGUAUAAAGAGGAGUUGGAAAUGGCUCUGGAGCAGUGUUUUUAUUGUCUGUACGCCUACCCCAGCAAAAAGAGCAAGGCCCGCUACCUAGAGGAACACUCCGCUCAGCAGGUGGAGCUGCAGUGGAACGAUGCCCUUUUCAUGUUCAGGUACUUUAAGCCCAAAACCCUGCCUGAGUUUGACAGUUAUAAGACCAGCACGGUCUCGGCCGACCUGGCCAACCUGCUGAGGAGAUUCUCCAGCAUUGUUCCCCGCACGGACGAACCCACUCUGUCUAUGGACGAGGUCUCUGCCUACAUUGAGGGAGGGGCCAUGAAGGCUCCUAGCCUUCCUGAAGGAGCUUCUCCAGCGCCCCCUCUGGUGAACGAGUUGUAUUACCUCCUGGCUGACUAUCACUUUAAGAAUAAGGAGCAGUCUAAAGCCAUUAAGUUUUACAUGCACGACAUCUGUGUGGUGCCAGACAGGUUUGACUCAUGGGCCGGUAUGGCUCUGGCCCGUGCCAGCCGUAUACAGGACAAGCUGAACUCUAACGAGCUGAAGAGUGACGGGCCCAUUUGGAAACACUCUCUGGCCGUCCUCACCUGUUUCAAACGGGCCCUGGAGAUCGACAGCUCCAACCUGUCUCUGUGGAUCGAGUACGGCACCAUGUCCUACGCCCUACACUCCUUCGCUUCCCGCCAGCUCAAACAGUGGAGGAGCGACCUGCCCCCAGAGCUGGUCAAACAGAUGGAGGAGCGGAGGGACUCGAUGCUGGAGACGGCGCUGCAGUGUUUCCAGAGCGCAUCCCGCUGUGAGGGAGACAGUAAUGAAGAAGAGUGGCUUAUUCACUACAUGCUGGGCAAGAUUGGCGAAAAACGCAAACGCCCUGCAAGCGAGUACCUGCUGCUGUACAAACAGGCUGCGUAUUACCUUCACGAGGAGGCGGCACGAUACCCCCGAAAAAUCCACUACCACAACCCCCCUGAACUGGCCAUGGAGGCCCUGGAGCUGUUCUUCCGUCUGAGUGCUACUAUCCUGAAGUUGUUGGAGAGUGAGAAUGAGGAGGGUGAAGAGGAGAGGGCCGGGGCUGAUUACGAGUUGUUCUUUAGUAUGUUGGCUGAGGCUGCAGUCGGACCUUUCGCCCGUGGAGAGGAGAAGAGCAUGCCCAAACAAAGUGACAAGGAGAAACUUCCCUCACUGAACGACGAGGACUCCUCCUCGAUGGGCACGGCCACGGCGGCUGCAGCGGCAGCGGCCGCCACAACGGUUUCCAUGGAGAUAGCGGCCCCGCCGGGCGCGGCAGGUGUGAAAUCCCCCCCGUACACGGCCACUCCGGUGGACCACGAUUACGCCAAACGUAAAAACCUGCGGCAGAGAGAACAGGAGGAGCAGCAGGACCAGCAGGAGCGGGCGGAUGCAAACAGUUCGCAGGACCAUGACUACUGCGCCUUCCUGUCCUCUGUAUGGCGAGCUCCUAACUAUGAACACAGUCAGGACAGUGCCACGGUGAUGCUGUCUGAUUCCAGCUCCCUGCAGGAUGUCUUUACGGACCCCACCAGUUCACAAGACAGCAGCAUCAAAGUGGAUUCUGGGAAAUCCAGUAUAGCCACUGAGGAAACCACCCCACUCAUGAAAGACAAGGACACUACAGCUGAAGAUACAGGUGAGCAGCAGGACAAGAACUCAGAGGAAGGUGCCACCGUCCUGUCCCGGGACGACACCGUCAUACAAGAAUCCUCUGACACCACGCUUUCCGUCACCUCCCCAGACGUCUCUGCCCCUAAACCCCCUGCCGAAACCUCCAACCCUCCUCCGCCCACGCCCACUCACACUACACCUCCCAAGGCUACCUCCACCAGCCAGACCACAGCCUCCACCCCUGCCAGUGAGAGCAAACGCAGGCCUGAACCACCACCUCCUGUGGAGGUGAUGGAGGUACCGAAGUGCCUGCCGCAGGGACGGGCGGAGCAGAGGCGUACGUUGGUGGAGAUGUGCGUGCGCUCUCUCUUCCUCUGUCUCGGUCGUUUUCCUCAACACUACAAGAGUCUGUACCGCCUGGCUCAUCUCUACGCUAACAGCAAGACGCACAAGAACCUGCAGUGGGCACGAGACGUGUUGCUAGGAAGCAGUGUCCCAUGGCAACAGCUGAAGCACAUGCCAGCACAAGGGCUUUUCUGCGAGAGGAACAAGACUAAUCUGUUCAAUGGCAUCUGGCGUAUUCCAGUGGAUGAAAUCGAUCGUCCGGGCAGUUUUGCUUCUCACAUGAACAGGUCCAUCGUGCUGUUGUUGGAGGUGUUGUAUCAGCUUAAAGACCACGACACGCUGCUCAAAGUCUCCUUCAUGCUGCAGAGAACACCCGACCAGGGAAAAAAGUAUUUGCGAGAUGUGGACCGUCAGGUUUUGGCGAAGCGGGCGUUUUUUCUCACUGUGAAAGUUUUGGAGGAUAAUCUGAAUAGGCUCACAGGGGUGUCAGAACCACCGCCCAAAGCCCCAGCGCCCCCUAUGGGUGAGAUGACGACGGCGGACGUGUCCGGUAAACCCCCUGCUGCUGCAGAGGACUCCAAAUGCUCCCAGCAGACUCGCAAACCCACUCUGGCCCCUGAGACGCCGGCCACAGCUGGCGCUGAGUCCGCUCCCAAAGACUCCACAGACUCGAAACUGCCCACUCCAUCUCCUCUGCCGCCCCCCUCCACAGACUCCUCCCUCGCCUUAGGGGUGGGCAUAUGGCCCAGCGAGGCUGCCUCGCGGUCUGAGGAGCCCAUGGAGUUGGAAACGGGACACUGGACUGGUGCCGUCGCUGGCCUCGUCCCUAAAACCGUAGACCCCCAAAUGCCUUCGGGCAACGAUAAGGACAAGGAGAGCCCCAGGACGGGGCCCGAGGGCGCGGAGAAGGUGCCGGAAAGCGUCCGGGCUCCGGAACUCUCUCUGGAGGACUUGAGUAUCAGCUCCAGCCAGCAGUACCAGCAGCCGCACCCGCAGAUGGAGCAGCAGCAGUCUCAGGCUCCGGGGGUCAAAGGUCAAUCUGCAGGAGCCCUGACGACCGGCGCCGCGGACCAGGGGCCGCAACGCCGCCCCAGCCGCAAACGGAAACUUCUGGAAGACGUGGAGUCGGGCAAAACGCUCCUGUUGGACGCCUACAGGGUGUGGCAGCAGGGUCAGAAGGUUAUGACCUAUGACCUGGGCCGCAUCGAGAAGAUCAUGUCGGAAACGUACAUGCUGAUUAAACAGGUGGAUGAAGAUGUGGCAUUGGACCAGGCUGUGAAGUUCUGCCAGAUUCAAAUGGCUACAUCUGCACAGAGACAGAACUCUGGGGACACUCCUGUCACGCCUAAGUACUCAAAGGACAUCUUCUUCCCUGCCUCCUUCCCUACGCCCUGUCCGCAGCCUCAAACUCCUGUCCCGCCCCCUCAGGACAGCGAGAGCAAACUGGCCAAGGUGCCCAGGCCGCUGCACACUCACUCACAAGCACACUCUACACCCCUCUACUGUCUGCCCCCCACCACCCAGGACCAGCCCUCCCAGCAGAGAAGGGCAUCCACCCAGCCCACGUCCAGUAUGGCUUUCCUCUCUCACUCGGAGGACAGAGAAGAGGCUGUGUCGGAGGGUCUUGUGUUCAGACAGCAAGAGUCGACGUUGUGUCAGCAGAUGAAAAUGGCCAGUGUCUCUCACACGCAGGAGAGACCAGAGUGGAGCAGCCAUGACCCUCCUACAUGCAGCAGCACACAUGCUGAGCAGGGCAAACAGACAGACUCCAGUCGGAUCCGAUCCAGAAUCCCUCCCAACAUGCCAAAGCUCCUUAUUCCCUCCACAGUUACCAAAUUCCCUCCAGAAAUCACGGUCACCCCUCCCACCCCAACCCUGCUCUCCCCCAAGGGCAGCAUCUCAGAGGAGACCAAACAGAAACUCAAGAAUGUGAUUCUCUCCGCCCAGUCGGCAGCUAACGUGAAGAAGAACACUUUGAGCCAGCCAGCGCUGGAGGUCCAGGAGACAUCCAGUCAAGAGUCCUCGCUCGAAAGCGAAUCGGACGAGGAGGAUGAUUACAUGGACAUUUGA